AUGUUGAUGCAAGAAGAGAUGCGGCUUAUGAGAGAGUUUUCGAAGAAGAAGUUUGAUGUUUUGAAGAAGAUGGCUGAUUUCGAUAGUAGCGACGAAUCCGCAGGGGACCAUCAACAUGAAAAAAGCAAUAAAAACAAAGUGCAAGAUUGGCUAAAGCACUCUACGAAGAAGGAAGUGGAAACCGAUGGCACCAGCGACAGAGAAACGUCUGAAAGUGACAGUGAUUCGGAUUGCGAUACGGAAGUUUCAUCUUGUCUACAAGCCAAUGAUGCAGAUGGCGAAGAAGUGCAAUCCGAUGAAGAAGAAUAUGGGAUUAGUGCACGAUCAGUGUCAAAGCGGCGACAAGCGUUAUGCAGCAACAAGCGACUUUCUAAAAGUGAGGUAGCUGCACGUCAAGUUGUUCCUCGUGAGCUGCCCAAGUUCAACGGCAAUCCAGAGGAAUGGCCAAUGUUCCUAUCAACGUACGAAGAUACCACGGCUAUGUGUGGGUACACAGCAGCCGAGAACAUGAUUCGCUUGAGAAACUGCUUGAAAGGAGAUGCGUUUAAUGCAGUUCGUUGUUUCUUAAUGCGACCAGAAACUGUAGGAAAAGCGAUCAGUGCGCUGAAGUUGCGAUUCGGUAGACCGGAAACGAUUAUCGAGUAUUUGAAGGAGAAGAUUAUUGCGAUAUCACCCAUCAAAUCGGAUGCGAUGGAAAAGCUGGUUGACUACGCCUUGGAGGUGCAAAACCUUUGUGCCAUAAUACAAACUUGUGGCGGAAAGGAGCAUAUGUGUGAUACGACUCUGUUGAGGGAACUUGUCAAGAAGCUACCAUCGCAAAUUAAACUGGAUUGGGCGCGCUACAAAAGGACUAAAACGAAGGUGACACUAUCCACAUUCAGUCGUUGGAUAUACACCCUAGCAGAAGACGUGAACGUGGUAUUCGAGCCUCAGUGUCGAUCUAGCAGGACUCAGGAGUCCCGAGAAAUCCGGAAAGAGCGAUACGUCAACACUCUCGCCGAAGUUCCUACCGAGGAUGGCAGAGAUAUGAACCAAUCCAUUCAUUCUACUCAAAGCAGUCAGCCGGGAACCGAAGGAAAUAAACCCUGUCCAGCAUGCAGAGGGGAUUGCAAAUAUCUGGGGAAAUGCAAACGUUUCCUGGAGCUGUCAUACGAAGCAAGAUGGGCAACAAUUCGUGGAUUUAACUUCUGCCGCAAGUGUCUUAGGCAGCAUAGAGGUGGUUGCAAUUCUGGGGAGUGUGGAAAGAACGGCUGUACCUUUAAGCAUCACAUUCUGCUCCACAAAGAUUUGCUUGAAACAUCUGCAUCGACUAGUGUUUCUAAUCAGAAUGAAGAACGCAAUGUUAAUACGCACCAGUCCAGUACAGGCCCCGGUUCCUUCCGUUACCUGCCGGUAACACUAUUUGGAAACGGGGUGCAGAUGAAGUGCCACGCAUUCUUAGAUGACGGAUCAGAGUUAACGCUCAUCGAUCAGCAACUUGCCGAAGAUCUGAAGCUCUCUGGGAAGGCCCAUCCACUCUGUCUUAAGUGGACUGCAGGUACUCAUCGUUACGAAUCUGGUUCACACAGUGUCAACGUUGAAAUAAGCGGACAGGAAAGAAAGCGAACGUUACUACAAGAUGUAAGAACAGUCGAGGAAUUGCAGCUACCUUUCCAGUCGUUGGAUAUGACUCAACUAACGGAGAAACACGGAUAUCUGCGUGGAGUACCUGUGGAAUCUUAUUCCAAUGUUCGGCCGCGAAUACUAAUCGGUUUGAAACACGCCAAUAUUAUGCUCGUUCGAAAAAGUCGUGAAGGCAGAAUGGGUGAACCUAUUGCUGUAAAAACGAACCUUGGUUGGACCGUAUACGGUGGUUGGACAUCAAAGAACUGCAUCAAUAUCAGUCAUACUUACCACGUCUGUAGCUGUAACCAACAAAGUGUUAUACAUCUAAACCAGAUGGUUAAAGAUUACCUUUCCCUUGAAAAUUCGGUGGUUAUACCGACGCAAUUUGAACGACUGUCGAAGGAGGACAAACUAGCCAUGUCUUUACUAGAAUCCCGCACACACUUCAAUGGAGAACGUUAUGUAACGGGGUUGCUGUGGCGUUCUGAUAAAGUUCGAUUGCCAGAUAACAAAACAAAUGCUAUUCGCCGUUGGAGAUGCUUGGAGAAACGCCUGGAGAAGGAUAAAGAGUUGUCGAAAAUAUUGGACGAAAAAAUCAAGAACUACCAAUCCAAAAACUACGUCCGUAAACUUUCCACAGAAGAACUCUCACGAAAGUACGAACGGGUAUGGUAUCUGCCCAUUUUUCCGGUAUACAACCCAAACAAACCUGGCAAGAUCAGGAUCGUGUGGGAUGCUGCUGCAUCAGUAUAUGGAACCUCCCUAAAUUCGACACUCCUCACUGGUCCGGAUCAGUUAGCGUCGUUGGUGGGUAUCCUGUAUCAGUUUCGCGAGCAUCGAAUUGGUCUCUGUGCCGAUAUAUGCGAGAUGUUCCACCAGGUGGGGAUCAUCGCCGAGGACCAGCAGUGUCAGCGCUUUCUUUGGCGCGAUAGUGAAGAACAUGGUGAACCAAGCACUUACGUCAUGCAGGUUAUGACCUUCGGGGCGAGCUGCUCCCCGGCCACAGCGCAAUUUGUGAAGAACAAAAAUGCCGAUAGGUUCGAAGGCGAAUACCCAGAAGCAGUGACGGUCAUUAAGGAAGGACACUAUGUGGAUGAUAUGGUCGUAAGCGUCGAAACAGAGCAGGAAGCAGUUGCGCUGGCUGAAUCAGUCCACUUUAUCCACAAGCAGGGUGGAUUCGAAAUUCGCAAUUGGGUUUCCAACUCACCGCUGGUAUUAGCCAAAAUGCACGAACAGCAAUCAAGGGAAAAGGAUCUGAACAUAUGUGCUGAACUGUCGAACCAGAAAAUCCUCGGAAUGUGGUGGGAUACGCAGGACGAUGUAUUCAAAUAUAAGAUCUCCUGGGCGAGAUUUGAGUCAGCCUUGCUUGAUGGAAGCCGCUGCCCUACUAAACGGGAGAUACUUCGGACAUUGAUGACCAUUUACGAUCCUCUAGGUCUCAUUGAUCAUUUCUUGAUCCUGCUAAAAAUCUUGCUUCAAGAGGUGUGGCGUGCUAAUGUGGAAUGGGAUGUAGCUAUCCCCACCAAUCUGUACGAGAGAUGGCGUGACUGGCUGCGUCUGCUGCCAGAGUUGGAGAAGCUGCGUAUCCCGAGAUGUUACCGGCAGUUUACAAAGGCGACAGAAGCUGAUGCGAUUCAAUUGCACAUUUUUGUUGAUGCCAGCGAAAGUUCCAUGGCAGCGGUAGUGUUUUUGCGAUUUGCGAAUAAUGAUCAGAUUGAGUGCUCUUUGGUUGCAGCCAAGACACGGGUGGCGCCGUUAAAAUACACAUCCAUUCCACGUUUGGAACUGCAGGCUGCGGUUCUUGGAUGCAGACUGGCAGCUAACGUUACAAGAAGCCUUAAAAUGAAGAUCUCCAAAAGAACGUUCUGGACAGACUCGCGAAAUGUUCUUUGUUGGUUGCGAGCCGAUCACAAACGGUAUAGUGCCUUCGUCGGAUCGAGAGUCAGCGAAAUUUUGGAGUCUACGGAUAUCGUCGAAUGGAGAUGGGUUCCAACACGAUACAAUGUGGCUGAUGACGGGACCAGGUGGCGCGAGCAUCCUGAUUUAUCUUCGGAAAGCAGGUGGUUUAAAGGUUCCGCAUUCCUGAGGCAGGCAGAAGUGGAGUGGCCCAUACUUCCACAAAAAUCCCUUAUCACGGAUGAAGAAAUGAGACCUAGUGUGCUAUUGCACUUCCUAGCUCCUGAGGCGGUAAUCGAUGUAAAUAGAUUUUCCAAUUGGCGACGUUUGCUUGCUGUGACAGCAUACGUGUUUCGUUUCUGCGCGAACGUUCAACGUCACCGCAAAAGGGAUUUAUUUUGCAGUGGACCCUUAUCACGGGACGAACUUCGCAGAGCGGAAGAAUACCACUUUCGGCAAGCGCAACGAGAUGUUUACCAAGACGAAAUUGCAGUGCUGGAGACUAAAGAUGCGGUGAAGCGGAUUUCGAAAGCAAGCUCUCUCUACAAGCUAAGCCCAUUUAUAGACGACAGUGGUGUCAUGCGGAUGCGAGGGAGAACUGGGGUGUGUGCAUACCUCCACAACGAUGCGAAGAAUCCGGUUAUACUGCCACCGAAACACUGGAUCACUUCGUUAAUCCUUGUGCAUUACCACGAAAUGUAUCUACACCGUAAUUACGAGAUUGUAGUUAACGAGGUACGGCAAAAAUUCAGUAUUUUUCGCCUGAGACAAGCACUUAUAUCGAUUCGCAAGAACUGCCAGCGGUGUAAGAAUCGCGACGUUCUUCCUCAACCGCCGGAAAUGGCAGACCUACCCGCAGCCAGACUAUCAGCAUACACGAGACCAUUCGCGCAUGUAGGGGUCGAUUAUUUUGGACCGAUUGAGGUGGCUGUAGGUCGCAGGGUCGAAAAGAGAUGGGGGGUUCUGCUGACCUGCCUGACAAUAAGGGCAGUGCAUAUAGAGAUAGCCCACUCCUUGACGACAAGUUCCUGCAUUAUGGCUCUGAGGAAUUUCACGGCACGAAGAGGUCCACCUAUCAGCUUCUAUAGUGACAGAGGGACUAACUUCAUAGGAGCCAAACGGGCGCUGCAGGACAUCUACCAGACGAUCGACUACAAUCAGUUGAUGCGUGAAUUUGUCACACCAACUACUGCAUGGCAGUUCAAUCCACCGGCAUCACCCCACAUGGGCGGAAGUUGGGAGCGUCUCAUCCAGUCGGUCAAACGGAACCUUGCUGAAGUUUUGAGAAUGCGGAAACCCACUGACGAGGAGUUAAGAAACGCACUGACGGAGAUUGAAGGGGUACUUAACACGCGCCCUCUUACUCAUGUUCCUAUCGAAGACGAAGCGGAGGCUGCACUAACACCCAACCACUUUCUGUUGGGGGACAUCCGACUUCUCAAUGGCUUGCCAACCUUUUUUGGAAGCGUUGGAUCAAGGACUACCUUCCGGAUAUUACGCGGCGCACCAAAUGGCAUGAGAAGGCGAAACCUCUUCAGGUUGGUGACAUUGUCGUCAUCGUGGAUCAUGAGCAUCCUAGAAACUGUUGGCCUAAAGGACGGGUCAUCGGUGUAG